GGAGGGGAACCGAGGAGCAGAUCAAGGGUUGUAGGCUUCAGACAGGAUGAGUGCGGACAAGCAAAGUGGGGACAGUCAGCCUGCCAAAGGCCACGAUACAGAGAUCCUGAGUUUAAGUAGCUGGACCAACCUCCUCCCCAGGCUCAUUCGAGAGAGGGGUCAAGACUUCAGCGUCCAGGUCGGCAUCCACCAGCUGCUAGAGAUGUUGAAGAUCCUGGAGGAGCUGCGCAAGUGGCAGAGCACCGUCGAGGACAGCACCCUGCAGUUGAUCAGACACAGGGACACGGGCGUGGAGGUUGCGGGCUCAAAGCUGGAGACGUGCGCAUGCACCAUCACGGAGCAGAAGGGCAUUGUGAUCUACUUGCUCAACCAGCUGCUCGAGAUCCUGCAGUCUGGGUCCUGGAGGGACCUGGAGUCCCAGUUGCUUCCGCCCUUUGUGAAAACUCGGGGUGCUGGCGCUCCUGGGCAGGGCGCCCGAUCCUCCAGGCAGCCUGACCAGUUACUUUCCCCAGUGGGUGCGGCCCCAGCGGCAGGUAUCACCCAUUUCCUCUCCCAGCGUGGGAAAGAGAUCUCCAACUUAUACCACUCCCGCUUCAUAGACUAUAAUGCCUACCACGCAGAUAAAUACCACGAAAAAGAGAACCACUUGGGCUUCAUUAACCUCAUGACCAGUGAGAACAAGCUCUGCUUUGACCUGAUGUCUCAGAGGUUGAGUGAUGAUGAUAUGAACUACCUUGAUGAAGGCUUACUGGAAUACGCUGACUGGAAAGGACAGCCAUUCCUAAGGAAGGUGGUGGCCCAGUUUCUGACACACUACUGCAAGGCACCUACUCCCCUCGAUCCAGAAAAUGUGGUGGUUCUAAACGGCUGCUCCCCUAUCUUCUCUGCACUGGCUAUGGUUCUGUGUGACGUUGGGGAGGCCUUUCUGAUCCCUACGCCCUCCUACAGUGGCUUCGCCUUCAGCUCCCAUGUGUACUCACAGAUUGAACUGGUAGCCGUCCCCCUGGACAGUCAGAUCACUCGUGAGAACACGGAACCCUUCCAGCUGACCGUGGCCAAGUUGGAGCAGGCCCUGCAGGACGCCAGGUUGAAGGGGAAAAAGGUCAGAGGUCUUGUGCUAACCAAUCCCCAGAAUCCUCUGGGUGACAUCUACUCCCAAGACUCACUGAAGACAUACCUGGAAUUUGCCAAGAGGCACAACCUACAUGUGAUUGUAGAUGAGAUAUACAUGCUCUCUGUGUUCGAUGAUGCCACCACAUUCCACAGUGUCCUGAGCUUGAGCAGUUUGCCUGAUCCCAGCAGGACUCAUGUGAUCUGGGGUACCAGUAAGGAUUUUGGCAUCUGUGGCUUCCGCUUUGGCUCGCUCUACUCCCACAACAAGGAAGUGGUCGCUGCCGUGGGAUCCUUGGGCUACCUCCACAGCCUGUCGGGCCUCACCCAGUACAAACUGUACAGGCUACUCCAUAACAGAGAGUGGAUUGACAACGUGUACCAUCCCACUAAUUGCUCGCGGCUCCGGGACGCUCACAAGUUUGUCACCGAUGAGCUGAAGGCCUUGGACAUCCCCUUUCUCAGUCGUUGCUCUGGUCUCUACGUCUGGAUCAACUUGGAAAAGUACCUGCACCCGUGUACAUUUGAAGAAGAACAAAUUCUCCAUCGCCACUUUGUAAGAAACAAGGUAUUGCUGUCCCCUGGCCAGUCCUUCAUGUGCAAAGAACCAGGCUGGUUCCGGCUUGUGUUUGCAGAUAAGCGCCCUCGACUGGAAACCGCCAUGCAUCGGUUCCGGGCAAGUCUGAAAGAAAGGAAGGAGUGGUUGAUGGUAGCGUUAUUGAAAGCUGCGGUGGUGGAGGAAGUAGCUGUGCCUGCCCCCCCUCCAGCUAGCCGGGAGUUCAGCUCGUCCAGAGAGCUGAAAGGUUGAACGGAUGCUGAGAUGAACCGAGCCAAGCCGCUAUUCCUUCUGGAAGCUCUCUUUUAAGUCUUUGCUAAUGAUUGCGGGUGGGGGGAGAAUGGGUGUGUUUUUUUAGCUGAGGUUGGAAGGUCUAGAAGGGAAUGCUGGGUCCUGAUG